AUGGCUCAUAGUAUACCAAAAACGAUGAGAGCGGUCGGUUUUUACAAAUAUUUACCAAUAACGGACGUGAAUAGUCUUCUGGACUUGGAAGUGAAGGUGCCAAAUAUUCUCCCAAACGAAAUUUUGAUAAAAGUAAAAGCAAGUUCCGUUAACCCUAUUGAUACAAAAGUUCGAGCUCCGAAACCGAACUUAGAAGCUGUUCCUAAAAUCUUGGGUUUUGAUGGAGCCGGUAUAGUUGUCAAUAAAGGUGAAAAUGUAAAAUUAUUUAACGUAGGAGAUGAAGUCUUUUUCACGGGUGAUCUAAGAAAAAAUGGAUCUAAUGCAGAAUAUGUUGCACUGGAUGAAAUUCUAGUGGGGACAAAACCUAAGAACUUAUCUUUUGAAGAGGCGGCGGCAAUGCCUCUUACAUCUGUAACAGCAUAUGAGUCGCUAUUUGAUCGCCUUGGUUUAACAAUUAAAGAUAAAGGAAAAUCACUCUUGAUCAUAAAUAGUUCAGGUGGUGUGGGAUCUGUUGCUACACAGUUGGCUAAAAAUCUCGGUCUUAAGGUUAUUGGCACAGCAUCACGCCAGGAAAGCGAGACAUUUACUCGCCAACAUGGUGCUGACAUAGUUUUGAACCAUACUAAUAAUUUGAUUCCUCAGUUGGAAGUUAACGGUUAUACUGAUGGAGUUAAUUAUAUUCUGGUCAACUAUGAUCCAUAUCCAUACUGGGACACACUCAUGAAGGCUAUAAAACCUCAAGGCAAGAUUUGUUUAAUAGUUGAUAGCAGUGGCCUUGUGGAUCUAAGACCUUUAAAGGAUAAAAGUGUUACUUUAGUCUCAGAAAUGAUGAGCACAAGAAUUAAAUAUAACACAGAGGACAAAUAUAGACAUAAUGAAAUUUUACAAACUGUGUCUAAGAUGUUAGAAGAUGGAAGUUUGAAGAGUACUAUGACCAGGGUAAUGACACCAAUCAAUGCAGAAAAUUUGAGAGAAGCCCACAGAUUAAUUGAAAAUAAACAUAUAUUAGGAAAAAUAGUGUUGUCAGGAUUUUGA